GUGUUGCUGCUUUGGAUUCCAGUGUUUCUGGGAAAAUUGGUUUGCGAGCAGUCAUAUAUUAUUUCUGCACUACGGUCAUUGCUGUAAUACUAGGGAUUGUCUUAGUUGUGACCAUUAAACCUGGAGUGCCUCAAACAGCAAACGAGAUUGACAGAGUGGGUAGUACACCAGAAGUCAACACUGUUGAUGCCAUGCUGGAUCUGAUUAGGAAUAUGUUCCCAGAAAACCUUGUCCAGGCCUGUUUUCAACAGUAUAAAACCAAACGUGAAAAAGUCAAAGCUACAACUGACAUGGAUAAAAACAGCUCCACAUUUACAGAAGAAACUGUUACAACUGCCACGACAGCAGAGGCUUCAGAGAACAAAACCCAAGAAUACAAAAUCGUGGGCGUGUAUUCUGAUGGCAUCAAUGUGCUGGGGUUGAUCGUCUUUUGUCUUGUUUUUGGAGUGGUUAUUGGGAAAAUGGGAGAGAAAGGACAAGUCCUUGUGGAUUUUUUCAAUGCACUGAACGAAGCUACAAUGAGAAUAGUUCAGAUAAUUAUGUGGUAUAUGCCAAUUGGUAUUGUGUUUUUAAUUGCUGGGAAGAUAAUAGAAGUUGAGGACUGGGAAAUCUUCCGUAAACUGGGUCUUUAUAUGGCUACAGUACUAAGUGGACUUGCAAUCCAUUCCACCAUAAUUCUGCCACUGAUCUACUUAAUAAUAGUAAGGAAAAAUCCUUUUCGGUUUGCCAUGGGGAUGGCUCAGGCACUUCUGACAGCCCUCAUGAUUUCUUCCAGCUCAGCGACUUUGCCUGUCACAUUCCGCUGUGCAGAGGAAAAAAACUUGAUUGACAAACGGAUUACCAGGUUUGUUCUUCCCGUUGGAGCAACCAUCAACAUGGACGGCACGGCUCUUUACGAAGCAGUAGCAGCUGUAUUUAUUGCACAGCUGAAUGACUUAGAGCUGGAUAUUGGCCAGAUAGUUACCAUUAGUGUCACAGCUACAGCAGCCAGCAUCGGGGCUGCAGGUGUCCCCCAAGCCGGACUUGUCACCAUGGUGAUUGUACUGAGCGCCGUCGGCCUGCCCGCAGAAGAUGUUACUCUCAUCAUUGCAGUUGACUGGCUUCUGGAUCGAUUCAGAACAAUGGUGAAUGUCUUGGGAGAUGCCUUUGGUACAGGGAUAGUGGAGAAGCUCUCUAAAAAGGAGCUGGAGCAGAUGGAUGUCACCUCUGAAGUCAACAUAGUCAAUCCUUUUGCCUUGGAAACGAUACUUGAUAAUGAUGAAACAGAGACCAAGAAAUCAUACAUCAACGGAGGGUUUGCUGUAGAUAAGUCUGACACCAUAUCCUUCAUGCAGACGUCUCAGUUCUAA